GUGUGCUCUGCCUGCCGGACAGCUUGAACCUUCACAAAGACCAGCAAAGGUCAAACAAGCCCGGGGAAGUGCAGAUGUUCAGCCAGUCCGAGCUGAGGACCAUCGAGCAGUCUUUACUUGCUACGCGUGUGGGGAGCAUUGCCGAGCUCAGUGACCUGGUGUCUCGAGCGAUGCACCACCUCCAGCCCCUCAACGCCAAGCAGCACGGGAACGGCACGCCGAUGCAUCAGAAGCAGGGAUCGUUCUACUGGGAGCCAGAAGCUCUGUACACCCUCUGCUACUUCAUGCACUGUCCGCAGAUGGAGUGGGAAAACCCCAACGUGGAGCCGUCCAAAGUCACGCUGCAGACCGAGAGGCCGUUCAUUGUGCUGCCUCCCCUGAUGGAGUGGAUACGGGUUGCCGUGGCUCACGCGGGGCACCGUCGCAGUUUCUCCGUGGACAGUGAUGACGUACGGCAGGCGGCGAGGCUCCUGCUGCCGGGAGUUGACUGCGAACCUCGACAGUUAAAAAUUGACGACUGUUUUUGUGCGUCUCGGAAACUGGAUGCAGUUGCCACUGAAGCGAAGUUCAAGCAGGACCUGGGUUUUCGGAUGCUCAACUGUGGCCGAACGGAUCUGGUUAAACAAGCCAUAUCCUUGCUGGGGCCGGAUGGGAUUAACAGCAUGAGUGAACAGGGCAUGACUCCACUGAUGUAUGCUUGUGUCAGGGGUGAUGAGGCUAUGGUGCAGAUGCUGCUAGAUGCUGGAGCAGAUCUGAAUGCUGAGGUUGUCAGUACUGCUCAUAAAUACCCAUCCGUCCACCCUGAGACCCGCCAUUGGACAGCUCUGACAUUUGCUGUGUUGCAUGGACAUAUUCCUGUAGUUCAGCUGCUGCUGGAUGCUGGAGCAAAGGUAGAAGGUUCCUUGGAGCAUGGAGAGGAAAAUUACUCUGAAACUCCUUUACAGUUGGCAGCAGCUGCUGGAAAUUUUGAACUGGUCAGUUUGCUGCUGGAGCGAGGAGCUGACCCCAUGAUAGGAACAAUGUACAGGAACGGCAUUUCCAUGACUCCACAAGGUGACAUGAACUCUUUCAGUCAGGCUGCUGCACAUGGACACAGGAAUGUCUUUCGUAAGCUGCUUGCUCAGCCAGAGAAGGAGAAGAGCGAUAUUCUGUCACUGGAGGAGAUCCUGGCUGAGGGGACGGACUUGCCUGACUCGGCAGCAGCUCCGCUCUGUGCCAGCCGCAACAGCAAGGCCAAGCUGAAAGCCCUGAAGGAGGCCAUGUACCACAGUGCCGAGCACGGUUACGUGGAUGUGACCAUUGACAUACGGAGCAUAGGUGUUCCCUGGACGCUGCACACAUGGCUGGAGUCCUUGCGCACGUCCUUCCAGCAGCACCGACGACCCCUCAUCCAGUGCUUGCUAAAGGAAUUCAAGUCCAUUCAGGAAGAAGAGUACACAGAGGAGCUCAUCACACAAGGCUUGCCUCUGAUGUUUGAGAUACUGAAAGCCAGCAAGAACGAAGUGAUCAGCCAGCAGCUCUCUGUAAUUUUCACUCAUUGCUAUGGACCUUACCCAAUUCCAAAGCUCGUUGAAAUUAAGCGCAAGCAGACCUCUCGCCUAGAUCCCCAUUUUCUUAACAACAAAGAGAUGUCAGAUGUUACAUUUCUGGUGGAAGGAAGACCGUUUUAUGCACACAGAGUGUUGCUAUUUACUGCGUCACCAAGGUUUAAAGCAUUGCUGUCUAGCAAGCCCUCAUCUGAUAGUACUUGUAUUGAGAUCAACUAUGUGAAGUACCCCAUCUUUCAGCUGGUUAUGCAGUAUCUUUAUUAUGGAGGUGCAGAGUCACUCCUGAUUAAAAAUAAUGAAAUUAUGGAGCUUCUCUCUGCUGCUAAAUUUUUCCAGCUUGAAGCUUUACAACGACACUGUGAGAUCAUUUGCGCAAAAAGCAUUAAUACAGAAAACUGCGUGGAUAUUUAUAAUCAUGCCAAGUUUCUCGGAGUCACUGAACUGUCUUCCUAUUGUGAAGGCUACUUCCUAAAAAAUAUGAUGGUCCUCAUUGAAAACGAAGCUUUCAAACAGCUGUUGUACGACAAGAAUGGAGAAACGUCCGGUCAGAAUGUGCUACAGGACUUACAGAGGACGUUGGCCACAAGGAUUCAGUCAAUUCAUUUGUCUUCUUCAAAGGGCUCCAUUGUGUAAAGCUGAGGAAGACGGUAACCCUCUGAUAAAGACCCUGCAAGUUAAGUCUGCUGUGGCAGUUGCUUAAACCCGUUGCAGUUGCUUAAACGACUACAGGAAAAAAAAUGAUUAAAAAUUCUACUUCGCAUCCCAAUAGUUCUGUGUUGGCCGACAGCGCUGCGCUGGGGCUGCGGCCCCGCUUGGGUGAGGGAGUGCAGAAAACAAAGCUCCGCCGUGACUUUGAGCAAACGGGGUACAAGAGUGUCCAGUGAAUCGCUGUUGUACUCGGAUCCUGAGCGCACACACGUGGUGGUGGAGCUGGAUGCCAGCAGAAGCCAGAACUCACAUCCGUGAACAGCGGAAGCCCCUGCCUGAGUGGUGGUCCCAGGGAAGACCCGAAUUGACCCAUUAAUCAUUUAAGGCGGAUUUGUGCCAGUGUUACGCAUUUAAGAACUAUAUCUAUCCCGGAGUCCAUUAUCUCGUGCAUUUAAGAAAUGUAAGAACUGUUAUUGCUGUCGAGCAAAGAUCAACUGUAUUAGAGAGUGGGUAAGACUGUUACAGCUGAGGAAAUAUACUGGCAGAUUUUUAGGGGUGGGAACUUUUUAAAUUGUUCAUAAAAAAUAAUGGGGUGGCCUUGUAGUUUAAAAACUAUUUCUUAAGCUUAAAAUUUCAUUUUUGACAGAGCUGUGUUUGAGAAUCUAUGUAACAUCUUUUGUUUUUUUAAAAUGGUAAAAUGUACAUUGUGUAAACAUACAUAUGAUCAAGUUUUGCUUGUAUUCUUUCCUAGGGUGGUAUAAUCGUGCCUGACAGGCUAUGGUUACACCAAAGAGGUAUAUUACCCAGACCAUCUCUAAUACAGUAGUUGCGGGGGGCGGGAGGGGGCCAGGAGAACUGCAUGCUACUCGUGAUUUGGGGUUAAAAACAAUGACAAACUCAACAUGCGUUUGCAUGGUAACUGUACCAGUGAAAUGUUACGUUCGUGCUUCGUUUCGCCAAGACAAAUGCAAUGCUACUUCUUGUCAAACCUCAUUUUGUGAAAUUAGCAGGCUUUUUUUUUUUUUUUUUUGGUGCCAUUGGUUGUGGUGUGACACCCCUGGAGACCCUUCUCAGGAUGCUGAUUCCUGUUGUUACAGAGAAGGGAUGAUAACAGACCUUUACUUCAGUAAUGUGUCAAUACUUAGCUACUGGCCAGAGACUGAGUCCGAGUUAGAUAUUUUUAAAUUAUAAUUAAAUAUGUACUAUAGA